AUGUCGUCGGAGAUCGAGGUGGUGGUGGAAGGGGGAGAGACGGGGGAGGGGUUGCAGGGGGCGGGAGAGCAGGAGGGGCAGUUGAAGAACGACGUGUACACGGCGGCGGCCUACGGGGACCUUGAGAAGCUGCAGCGGCUGGUGGAGGAGGAGGGAUAUUCGGUCGCGGAGCCCGACGGGCUGGGGUACCACGCCCUCCAGUGGGCUGCUCUUAACAACCGUACGGCAGCCGCCCAGUAUAUCAUCGAGGUGGGGAUUGGCUGAUUUGGGAUUGAAGUUCGCUCCCUUCCUUCCGUGAAUUCUGGACAUUAGUAUAAUUUUUGGAUUGAUUCUGCUUUGAAAAAAUCUCAUCCUUAUUUCUCAAUUUCCGCUCUCUCUCUCUUUUUUGCCACAACGUGUUUCGGACGUUGCUGAGGGAUCCAUUGAUGCACUUGUGCCAACCAUUUUUUUUCUUUUCUGAUGAGGGUAUUUCUGCAGCUUAACUUGGGAUUUUAUUUCUUUUUGUUGAGGGGUGGAGGUUGGGGAGGGGCUUCUUCGAACACUUACGAGUUGCCUGUCUUGUUUAAUAUCAUGUUGGGUAUCCGUUGUUUUUUGCCAAGAAUUACGUUUUUAUGCUUAUUGAUGAAACUGUAGUUUUCCCUUCACCCUCGAUUAGAUUAAAUUCGAUCAUCUUUGUGCUUGGUUUUAUCGUAUCAAUAUAUCUUUCUAGUGUAUCGCACUGGCACUACGUGCCUGGCUAAUGUUCGGGGUUGGUGGGUUUAUCUUGAUCGCUGCAUCGAUUAUUUUUUAUGAUAAUUUCUGAAAAUUUCCUUCUUCAUCUCAUUCACUUAUCUGUGCUUGCUGGCGUGUUGGAAGCAGCACGGUGGCAAUGUCAAUGCAGUGGACCACACAGGCCAGACUGCUCUUCACUGGAGUGCAGUGCGGGGGGCAAUCCAGGUAGCUGAGCUGUUGCUUAAGGAGGGUUCUAAGAUCGAUGCAUCAGAUUCGUAUGGGUACCAGGUUUGUCUGCCAAUGCUUAAUUUUUUUUAUCAAGUACCCACCCUUGUCAUCGUAUGCCUAUCUGGUUUUAGAUCAAAAUGAUAAUUUCUCUUGCUUUUACUCCAGAAUCGAUUGUGUUUUUAUUGCAGGCAAUGCCCUGGAACAAAUGUGUUGUGUUGUCGUAUUGUAAUUAUUCCUCACGGAUGUUUGACACAAUGGUUACCGCAUGCUGUCAAUGGGAUAAAGAGUGCAUAUUUUGGGUAUAAUUCCUCAUGAGUAACCGUGGCACUAACUACUUCCUGGAAGAAGCCCGCAUGAAUAAAUAAAAUGAUCGACUAGACGGCUGAUAUGUGGCCAUAUUCAUGCCAGUGCCCUUUAAAGACGUAUUCAAAUACGUCUUUUAGCUGCAGUCAUUUCUGUGCUGAGUAAAAACCUUGUCUAAUGCCUUACAGUUUGUGGGGAAUAUAGGACAGGACGUUUCAGAUUCUGGCGUACCUUUGUCAGCUUGAUAGGUUUUAAUGUACUGGUUCCACUAGCUGGGUUGUGGCCAACUAAACCAUGUCAUGCAGACAACUUCCACGUCUUGAAUUGUGCCUAACUGAGAACUCUUUCAGCAGACAAUAUUAUGAUGCAUGGAACUCUUUCAUGGUGGAUACUAUUAGGAUUCCUAAGCAGUUAUUGUGAUACACCUACGUUAUAUCCUCAUUGCCCGUGACUAUAGCUUGUAGAAUCAUUGUGAGUAACUAGAGAAAUUUCGAUACAUGUGUUAUAUAUGUGCAUGCUUAUGCAAAAGCUGAGCUGGAUCUGAAUCUGGCCCAGUAUCUCUUACGGACGUUUAGCUAUUCUGAUAGGGUUAAAUUUACCCCGAUAGAUGUUCUUUAGCUGAUUCGAAACUUAAUAUGUAGAGGAAGUUAUACAUUCCUGCGGUUCCCUCUAGGUUUCCGUGGUAUGUGCUUGUUGUACCCGUAAUCUGCUCAUUAAGUCAAUGUCAUUCAACAUAAGUUGUUAUAAAUGGAUAGAUUUGACUUCUAGUUUUUUUUUUCUUGUCAUUUUUCUGAUUGUUUCUCUAUUAGGUCAUGGGAAGCUUUGUCAUGAAGAAAGAUGUAGAUUUUCCUCAUCAGUCAGGUAGAAGGCCACAAGUUUUCUGAAAACAGCAAUAGGCAAGAGUAACAUGUGGUCUCAUACGCAAAGACGUAUGCAUUUGGAAGAAUAUGCUGACUAUAUGUUGAUUUAAAUACGAGAAAGACUUGAUUUAUAUUCUGUCCCUAAGCAGAAGGCAAUUUUGUUGAUGUUUUUUGCGAAAUACCUUUUUUAUUAACCGAAUCUCAAUUAUAUGCAGCCAACCCAUGUUGCAGCACAGUAUGGUCAGACAACACUCCUUUACCUGAUGGUAACAAAAUGGAAUGCUGAUCCUGAUGUCCCUGAUAAUGAUGGACGGAGUCCCUUGCACUGGUACAAUUCUUUUUGCCAAUAACCACCUUGGCUUCAUCACCUUAUAUUUACCUUCGUUCCUUUCAUAUCCUUUAAUCGGCAUCUCAGUCCUGAUUACGGAUUUAAUGAACCUCGUUACUGCGGCAUCUGGCUUGUGUUGAACCUUGUCUCUCUACAUGUUGAGUAAUAGAAGUCUGUCACUCUACAUCAAUCACAUUUUCACCACAAUAAGUGCGAGUGCUUUGGGAAUCUCUUUAUAUUCUGCUUUUAACCUUCCUUCCGAAUUUCAAAAAUCCAAAGAGCUUCUUUUUUAGACCCGUAAGACAAAUGCUGGUAUUCCUGCAGAUGUUUUCCUUUGGACUGAUUGAAGACUGUCUAAUUUUCAAAAUAUUGAUACUUCUUUGAGUGCAGAUAAAUGCUGAUUUCCUGCAGAUAAAACAAUUUUUUGCGUUAUUUGGUUCUUUGAUCGCUGUAUACCAUUCGGAGAUUUCAGUUCACACUUUCAGUCUUGCUGAUCAUUCGGAAAAAUCGCCAAAAAUAAGUAGUUUUUAUCAUAUGAAAUAUAUUGUAUGUUUUGGAUGACAAAGUUUAGUUGUCUCUAUUACUUGCAGGGCCGCCUAUAAAGGUUUUUCUGAUUGCGUACGUCUUCUUUUAUUCCUGGACGCAUAUAGGGGGCGUCAAGAUAAAGAGGGUACCCUCUAUGUUACUCUGUUUUAUUUUUAUAAGGAGCACUCAAUAGUAAAUAAUAUUUGUGCACGUGGGAAAGCUUGCUUGGCCUGUGAUAGUGCUCUAAUUGCAUGUCUUAAACUUGUUCUUGUAUCCCAUUAGGUUGCACACCUCUACAUUGGGCAGCUAUCAAGGGUAAUCUGGAGGCAUGCACAGUGCUAGUUCAGGCAGGAAAGAAAGAGGACUUGACUGUGACUGACAAAACAGGUCUUACCCCUGCACAGCUAGCUUCGGAGAAGAAUCAUCGGCAAGUGGCUUUUUUUCUUGUAGGUAUUCUAGAACCAUGGUAAAUUUUUUAGAAUAUUAAGAUCUGCAAAAGAUGGGUUGAAUUGCCUUAUUCCGUUCUUACAUGUUGAAUACCAAGUCAAUGACACCAUUAAUUUUUUUUAAUUACGGAUAAACUUGUAUUCAUAAACGUUCAUUCGUUUUAGAGUCACUGCAUUGCAUUACUUUAUCCCUCUUAAUGUGCUACUUCUUACUAGGAAGAAGCUUGAAUUAAUACCCUUAUCUUGUGCAUACCUCCCACCAAGGGAAAGCAAUCGGAGUUCAAAGUGUAACAUAAUGCCCCGCAGGAUUCUAGCAUGUGUCAUUGUGCUGAACUUUGUCUCAUUAUAUGAUUGGGGGAGAAAAAUGGAAAUGUUGGAUCAAUUUUCAUAAUUACCUAUCCUAGGAUUAUUUUUUUUGCCAAAUAUAUGUAGCAUGGCAUGAUUACUCUGCUUAUAGAUUUUCUUAGAAUUCUUUUUGAUCUAUAUUUCUGUGAUGUGUGUGCCUGUUUAUGCAGGGAAAUGCGAGUAGGUUACUUGAGAAACGUUGUGAUCGGAACACGCCUCUUGGAAAGCUUUCAAAAUCAGGACUUGCUCCCUUCCUUUGGUCUACCAUCAUCAUCAUGCUGGUUCUCUAUAUCCAUUCAGUUGCCGCUGGUAUAUUUUUUUCGUUAUUUUCGAUGGCGAUCGCAUUGGUGGCCUAAUUUCAUAAAAAUAAGUCAUAAAAAGUGUUCAUCUUUUUUGCUUCAGCAUCAGACUCAUUUGGCUUGACUGCCACUUUUGGAAUUUUUGCUUGGAUUGGAGUUUUCCUCGCUACUGCUGGUCUGGUGAUGUUCUACAGGUGCAGCAGGUAUACUCCAUGUGCUCUGAAUAUCUUUCACCAUAUGAUGCUCAUGUUCACAUGAAGCUAAACGGAUGAUAUCUGAGCUAAACAUAUGGGCGGCCAAAACCUGUUGUUGAUAUUUCUGUUGAAAAUCAACGUUGGAUCCCGGCACAGGGCUUUUUAUAGGUUGAGUGGGCGGGAUACACGAAGGUCGGCUGUGGGAAUCAAAUGAAGGUCUGCUAGUGUGUGCUUUCUGUCAUGUUGGCAAAGACUGGAGUUUUGUGGGCUACUUAUGAGGGAGUAUGGGAUCCAUAGUAGACGAGAAAUCACCCGUUUUAUUGAGUAUGCUGUAGUAUGUUGACUCUCCUAUAAUAGAUUCCUCGGCUAGUGGCACGAACCAUUGACUCUGGUAAGGUUUUCAAGUGCUAAAGUCGGCCAGUGGGAAUGAUGGCACUACUAGCAAAGACUGUCUGCCGAAAACGCCAUUGUUUAGGAACCUAGGUUAUAGCAUACCAAUCAAACAGCUGACAGGCUUUUGGUCAUCGAUACAAGGAAGAUUCCCAGUUUUGUAGUUUAAAAUCUUGUCCUGGUCCCGGCAACUGCUUACAAAAAUACAGGCCUCCGCAAAGUCGCAAGACCAUGUAUGAGUGCUGCGUCUUAUUAGCUAGUUGGUGAGGUAAUAGCUUACCAAGGUGACGAUCAGCCAUAGUGGAACUGAGAUGCGGCCCGGAAGCAUGGUAGCAGUGGUAGGAGCACAGCCAGUAGCAUCCCUGCUUCAGUUAGCACCUAUUUGGACUUUGAGCAAGUUCCAUGUCACCUUCGCUCGGCUCAAUAGGCAGAGAACAACAGGAGGAGGUCUUCCCAAACAAAGCAGCUGCGUGGGCCACAUGUUGCACAUAAGCCACCAGGUCGCACGACAGAAGAACACCAAGGAUGAAGAUGCAAACUCAUCCAUGCUCAUACGCUUGCUGGAUGUAAUUUAUUUCAUGUAUCCAUAUGGAACCUUGAACUAUUGAAAUGUUAUGGUCGAUGGACAGUGGCUAAAUUUAAUCUCUUGCAAAGCUGAAUUCUAGAAAGUACCUUUUUCUUCUUCUUAUUGCAUUUGCAUGUUAAGGGUAUGCAUUGAUAACAACAAGAAUCCUAAAUUCUAUUUUGAGGAAAACCAUUAGUUCGAGCAUGGUGAUCUUGGCAUAUUCUUGUGUCUUUUAUUUUUCAAUUUUCAUCUAGAUAUUUCACAACCUAGCUAUUUGUAUUUCGGAUUGUGGGAUCAUUGCUCAUAAUUAUCUCGAUUAGGGGUGUUUGUGCAGUAUGACGCCAAAAUAGGUAGAAUUAUGUGAUGCAGAUAUAGUUUGUCUGCCGCCACUUCGUGUUUGCUCAGAAGCAAAGGUGUGAAAAGUGGACCUGGUUCCCCUUCCUGACAAAUUUUCUUUCUGGAUUCACACUUAGUUCCGAUUCCAAAGGUUUUUUUGUAAUAAAUAUUAUUUGCAAUCUAUUCUGCAUGUGCUGAUCAUUAUUUCCACUGUAAUGCUUUGUCUUGGUUGCUGUUUGGGCUUUAAUUCGGCUUGGCCAGCUAAUUUCUUUCUCUUUCGUUUUCAGGAAGGAUCCUGGUUAUAUCGCAGUGGACACACGUGAUUCACAGAAUCUUAGAGAUGAUGUAAGUUCUCUACUUUAUGGAUAAGUGGGAAUAGCACUUUGAAGUUGAUGUGUUAUUACGUUGUUUUGGCGGCCCAUUAAUCUCUGUAUCCUUGUGUUACCAGUUGGGAUACCAAUGAAAUUCUUACUAAUUCCUCACUAUUUCGGUCCCCAUUGGUGCCAUUUGUUAUAGACUUUUACUUUCCCUUGUCCAACCCUUUGUCAUGUUCUUUUGAAUCUGUUUCCUGAUCCGACAACUUUCUGUAUCAUGUUAUGGUGUCUAGGUUGCCAUCUUUUACUGAUCUGAGAAAAGAAAUAUUUAGGGUUUUGCAUUUUGGAUCUUCAUUUUUCAUCCUGUUUAGUGGAUAUUCCCAAUGUAAAGCAUGCGGAAUGUUCUGCGGAUCGUAACCGAUCAAAUGUCUCCAUGGAAACAAAUCUAUGAUUUUUUUUCGGCUGUUAUUCUCCUUUGAAGAAAGUUGUACUUUGUGAUGUGGAUUUGAAAAUAUCUCAGGUUCUUCUGUGGUAUGUUCAGUGCAAGAUUUUCAAUUUUCCUCCAUAUUCUAACUAUUUUUUUCCCUAUUUAAUGUUUUUCCAAACUGGAGUUGUGGUCAGUUAAAUAAUCUGAGGUUUUAGUUUACUUAAAAGAUACUCCUUGUCCUAAACAUCACAUGGUCUGGUCUGCUUAAAUUAGAAAAAUAUAUAAUUGUCUAUGCUCCAAACUUUAAUCACUUUAAUUAUACAACGUAACGCAUUUAGUCUGGUGCAGCCUUUCUUAAAAAUAUAUAAUCUGCAUGAACUCUUGGGGUUUAGACUCUCUGUCAAGCCUAGUUCUAUUCAUGGAAAUUAAAAUUAUGAGUCGUCGAUUUGCAAUUUUUUUCCCUAAACCUUCCUUCAAAUAUGGAAUUAUUGCCUAUAAUAUUAUGCCGACUAGCUAUUCGUAUAAAUGCAGUUUAAGCUUCCAACUCCAAUUGGGUGGCCAAGGAUGAUCCUGCUACCUUAUGCGUUUCAUAGGAAACAGCCAGAAGGAUAAAUCUUCAUUUAACACCAUCAGAACUGCAUAAAAACUGGGGGCCCAAGAAUGAACAUUAUUAAAUUGUAAAAGUUUUUAGUUUAUGGUUUCUUGUCAAAGCCUUCCAUAAAACGUGGAGUUAAUUUCUAUAUUAUACCCACUAGUCCUUGCUAUAAAUGCAGUGUCGUUCCAAAUCUAAUCGGGUGGCCAAUGAUGAUUCUCUUAAGUUUUUCCAUAUUUUUAUAUGAAAAAUCAAGCACGAUAGAUCUUGACGUGAAACCAAGAAAACUGCAUAAACUCAGGGUUCAAUAAUGAAUGCCAGGCCUGCUUCUAUCUUUAGAAACUAGAUUAUAAGUCCUUAAUCUGCCAUUUUUUUCUGAACCUUCCUGAAAGCACUGGCAUUAUUAACUAUAAUAUUGUACAAGCUAGACAUUGCUAUAUAUGCUGACAGUUGGUUGCUAUCUCUACAGUUCUUUUAAUUUUAAUUCUUUUCUUAAUAGGAACCAUUACUCAAGACGAAGCUGAACGACCCUGCUCUGAUUGCUGGGAAUUGGGCUCAGCUUUGUGUGACCUGCAAGGUGCUCUGUACUUGCAAUUUUUGAUAAAUUUUGUCUACCAGCUUGUUUCCAUGUCAUUUGGUUUCCUGGGUUGCCUCGACAUUUGCAUUCUUUUUAUUUUCUGACGAGAUAUCUCUUGACAUUAACCAGAUUGUGAGGCCUAUUCGUUCGAAGCACUGUUCUAUGUGCGAACGAUGCGUUGAGCAGUUUGAUCACCACUGUCCAUGGGUAUCGAACUGCAUUGGGAAGGUACUUUCAAUUAAAUCCAUGACCGGUAUAUUCAUCUCAAUGUGAUUAAAUCGAUAUUAGUUUAUCUUACUGAGAAACAGAUCUCCAAUAUGCUGGAUCUAUGUCUCUCAUAUAGAUGAACUUCAGUGAGAUUUAAAUUACUUGAAUAAGUAGCUAUCUAUGGAUUCAUCUGCAGAAAAACAAAUGCGAUUGUUUCCAAUAUUCUGCAUCAAUGUCUCAGCGCGAUUUAAUUUACAUGGAUUCAUCUGCAGAAAAACAAAUGGGAUUUCUUCAUGUUCCUCUUUCUUGAAGUCUUGGCCAUGAUAAUCACCGGCGCUGCAACGAUUAUAGGUGUAUAUUCUGUUCAUGAUUCCUCGAAAUAUAAACCAUUUAGUUCGUCAUCUUCCCUUUCCUUGACGGAUCAGAGUUGUAAUUUUGCAGUAAUCACGAGGGAUCCCACGUCCCCGACCUCCUUCGGUGGUUGGGUCAGCCAUGCUGCCAGUCAGCAUCCGGGGGCCAUAACCUUCCUGAUGAUGGACUUCUUCCUCUUCUUCGGGGUUGCAGUAUUAACCGUCGUCCAGGCAUCUCAGGUAUGAGUUUAGUCUGCAGGAGCUGGCUUUUUUUGGUUCAGAUCUAUGAAUUUAGUGCGAUGAAGCUUCUUCUUGGUUCAGAUUUCUGUUUAAUUCGAGCUGCUCUCUCUCUCUCUCUCUCUCUCUCUCUCUUCUGUGCUGCAGAUCGCCCGGAACAUCACGACCAACGAGAUGGCGAACAUGAUGCGCUACGGGUACCUGCGGGGGCCCGGGGGGAGGUUCAGGAACCCCUACGACCACGGGAUCCGCAGGAACUGCCACGAUUUCUUGGUGAAGGGCUACAACGAUGAUGUGGAGAUCGCCGAGCGACCGGCGGCCGCCGACGGCGCCGCCAUGAUCCAGAUGUCCAGAGCCCUCGGCCCCUCCGCCGGCGAAAGCUUCCCCUCCCACCAAGUCAACGGCGGCGGCGGUGGCGCUGCCGAGGUGGAAGGCAGCGGGGGGAGGCCCAAUGGCUGCGGGCAUUCUUCCGCAAGGUGCUGCGACGGCCACAAGAAGGCGGAUGGGUCGUCCCCUCUUGGGUUGGGGUUGGGGCUGGGCCUCGGGAACAAGGUCCGUCAUAGCGCGAGGUCAAUGGCGGCGGCGUGA